AUGAGCACCAGCAACAACCCCCUGGGGCUUGACAGUUCCGCGACGCUCCCUCUGAUCUCCUUGUCAGCUUCGCAGUCCAUUGGAUCCUCAAAUGCGGCCCGGGACCCCAUUCUCACCGGACUGUCUCGCUUAGACGAGGCGCUGAAAACCGCGUCGGACCAGGCGGGCGGGAUCCUGCGUGGCCAAGUAACUGAGGUAUUUGGGCCGCCAGGAGUAGGCAAGACACAACUAGCAUUGAGUGCGGCGUCGAACGUCCUCCGCGCUGGCGGCAAAGUGAUAUGGAUCGACACGAGUUCACCGAUCCCAACAAAACGACUCCAGGAACUCAAUCCGGAUUUGGAAAAUUUCGAUGAUCUCAUUUACUUCCGGGCUUCGACAUUGCCCCAUCUAUUAGCUCUGCUGGUGCGCCCACCAGCGAACUUCCCACCGCCCGAAACUGCGCUGGUGGUGGUCGACUCUGUGUCAUCAUUAUUCCCAUCGUACUUUCUAAAUGCUUUUGAAUUGAAAGACAGACUAGCGCAAGGCAAGAUCAAAGAUAAGGCAGAGCUACAGUGGCUUCUCAACCGCAGAUGGAACGUCACUAGCGAGCUAGGCACGCAUCUUGGACGGCUUGCGGGGCGCAAUAUUGCUGUUCUGGCACUGAACCAGGCCCACACGAAGAUCAAGGGUCAACCACGGGCUACCUUGCACCCGGUCCUAGCGGGUGGUGGGUGGGAAAGCACCGCGCAAACUCGGAUUACCAUGUAUCGCGACUUUCCCGAUGAAAGGAUUCUUGAAGUCACAAAACGAGGAGGCCGACUAUUACCUGUUCGACUGCCGGAGUUGAUUGUUUCUUUCCGGAUUGAGCCGGGCGGUCUCCGCGAAUCAAAGACCAUACAACCGGAUCCAGAACAAACGUUGGCCCAGAAUCUGUCCAUGACGCAGCCGACGCCGAGUCGAAAGCGCAAGGCCGAAGAUGAGAUAGCAGACAGCCAGGACGAGGACUCAGAUGAGGACUACUCCUGGAUGAAUGAUGCGGUUGUCGACAAGAAAAAGCAUGAAGAUUCCCCAUGA